GGUAUAAAAGGCAAAAAAAAAAAAAAACCCAAAAACUGGGGGGGAGCGCUAAACGAUCAGCCGGCCUCGGAGCUGCAGGGGAAGGGGAGCGGGGCAGCUUGCGAGGAGAGAGCGGAGAGGACGCGCGUGCGCGCGACCGACCGACCGACCGACCGACCGACCGACCGACCGACCGACCGACCGACCGACCGACCGACCGACCGACCGACCGACACCAGCUGUGGCCUCCGAGCCUCGAGAAGGAAAAAGAGGCGGACACAAGGAGCAGCAGAGCAGGAGGCUCGCUUUCCCCAGCCGCGCUCUACCAUGGCCAGCGUGGGCGGGGGGUACAGCGGCGCGACCACCCCGAAGCCCCUGCCCUCCUCGGGGCCCCAGUCGCUGCGGGACAUACCGCACCCCCUGGCCGGCUCCAGCGGCGAGGAGGGAGCGGGGGACGCGCUCACCCCAAGCCCGGACCUAGGGCUCCCUCGCGGGGUCGCCGACAAGGACCUUAGCCUGCCAAAUGGUGGUACUCCAGUGGGCACUUUGAGCCCAGCCUCUUCAUCUUCACUUCUCAACAGACUUCAGCUAGAUGAUGACAUUGAUGGAGAGACCAGAGACCUGUUUGUCAUAGUAGAUGAUCCCAAGAAACAUGUAUGUACUAUGGAGACAUAUAUCACCUACAGGGUCACCACCAAGACCACCCGGGCAGAGUUUGACUUGCCAGAAUAUUCCAUUCGUCGAAGAUACCAAGAUUUCGAUUGGUUGAGGAUCAAACUGGAAGAAUCACAGCCAACCCAUCUCAUUCCUCCACUUCCUGAAAAAUUUGUGAUGAAAGGAGUUGUUGAUCGUUUUUCUGAAGAGUUUGUGGAGACCAGAAGGAAAGCUUUAGACAAAUUCCUGAAAAGAAUUGCAGAUCAUCCAGUGCUUUCCUUCAAUGAGCAUUUUAAUGUUUUCCUUACAGCCAAGGAUCUUAAUGCCUACAAAAAGCAAGGGAUGGCAUUGCUCUCCAAGGUCGGAGAAUCAGUUAAAUAUGUCACAGGAGGCUACAAGCUGAGAAGUCGACCUCUGGAAUUUGCAGCAAUAGGUGACUAUUUAGAUACAUUUUCUCUGAAGCUUGGAACCAUCGAUCGGAUAGCUCAGAGGAUUAUCAAGGAAGAAGUAGAAUACCUUGUGGAACUGCGAGAAUAUGGUCCUGUUUAUUCCACCUGGAGUGGAUUAGAGGAGGAACUAGCCGAACCCCUGGAAGGAGUGUCUGCCUGCAUUGGGAAUUGUUGUACAGCUCUGGAGGAGCUGACCGAUGACAUGACAGAUGACUUUCUGCCAGUGCUGAGGGAGUACAUUUUGUACGCAGAAUCCAUGAAGAAUGUAUUGAAGAAAAGAGACCAAGUUCAAGCAGAAUACGAAGCCAAACUGGAAGUGGUUGCUUUGAAAAAGGAAGACCGCCCCAAGGUACCAACUGAUGUUGAAAAGUGCCAGGAUCGAGUUGAAUGUUUCAAUGCUGACUUGAAAGCAGAUAUGGAAAGAUGGCAGAACAACAAAAGGCAGGAUUUUCGGCAGCUGCUUAUGGGAAUGGCUGACAAAAACAUCCAAUAUUAUGAGAAGUGCCUUAUGGCGUGGGAGUCGAUUAUACCACUACUUCAGGAUAAGCAAGAGACCAAAUAAAAAGUUCCUUUGUGGUCCACAGACUUCUGCUACACCAGUGCACAGUACCACUAAACACACAUUCUGGAACAUCACUUUGCACUAUGACAUGUGACUGACGAAUGCCAUCUGUGUUCAAGAAUUUGGAACAGACACGGUUGAAACUUUUCUAUUGUUGUCCUAAUAUUCCUUCCCUCACCGUACAAUUGUUUGACUUCAGUGUUUUCUGUAGUUACCCCCCAGUCGUUGUACUUUCCAUUUCCUCCUGGUGUAACCAUGGAUUCACAGUGGAGGGGGGUACAGAUAUGAUCAUCUCUUGGUAAAGAAAACCUACUCCUGCAUUCUGAAGGGACCUAAUCAGUGGGAUGCUAGGUUUUCAGGCAUAAAGCAAAAUGAAAUCAUAAGGUGCCAAUCUGACAUUACCAACCCAUUAUGGGUGAAAGGAGGGCUACUUUCAGUAAAGUGGGGAAAUGUGGCUCCUGAUUUAUGGGGAAGCAGGAUGGGAGGCAGCUCUGUGUACUGUACUCCACCCACACUUUCAAGGUGGGUGUUUGGACUUGUGCCAGGUAGGUUAUGUUGAUGAUAUCUGUGUUGUAAGUUUACGAUGUAAGCAUGGCCUAUGGUUGUGAGUUGGGUAUGCAGCCCUUUUUAUAAGGAACAUCAUGUGUUCAUGGUUCUCUUUGAUAUGAUCUUUUAUUUGAGUUGAAAUAUACAAUGUACCCGUUAGUAAGAAAGGAGCAUGGAGAUAACGCCUUAGCAUUACAUGACAUCACUAAGCUCAGAGCAAAUGCCAAUUUAAUUGUUUUCCCCCCUUUGUCCUUGAAAUCAGUGAUUUGAAAUCCCCUGUCAAUUGAAAAGGUCUGACAUCUCUUUGGGUUUUUGUUAAAUCUCUUUAGGGUUGAAGGAAUUUGAGAGGCCAAAAGCCAAAGUAUUUGCAAGUGCUUUCACAGAUUUGAUUGCUGAAAACAAGUUCCACCUCAAGUGUCUGGUGUGCAAAACUUGCCUUAAACAUGUCUGAAAAUUGAAGUAUUGCAAGGGUAUGUAAACGUUUUGGCCUCUUGUCAGUCAGUGAUAUUUAUUGAGCACUUUCACACAAUCCGUCAUCCACAUUUAAAAAUAUUGUGGGUGGCCAGUAAGGAGUGCUUCAUUCACCCCUUUUUAUUUUUUACUCUGGAGAAAGCAAGGUAGUUCCUGAAGGGCCCCUUAAGUGAUGCACACUGAGUUUUGUGUUGACUUAAGGUUGCCUCAGAUCACAAUAAUUUCUGGGGUUGAAACAAUCUUUAGAGUCUCCUUGGCCAAGGUCAUGUUUUCUUGGACAGUGGUGCCCAUUGGGCUAAUUGGGAUUGAUAUAGUCUGUUCAUGCUGUGGCUUUGCCCCUGAAAAGUUCAGCCAUGGACUUGAAUGGAGCAGUUGUAUGUCUGUGAGUUGUUAGACACAGUCUAAUUUUUACAGAAAUGAGCUAAGGUAUUGAGCACUUAGCAUGUGAUAAUUUACUCCCAAAAUACAGGCCCAAAACAGCCAACUUAUUUAAGACACUGCAAAUGAUCUGGGACUAAAUAUGUCUGCAGGACUGUGUCCAAUAAGCUCAAGAUUCUGCUUAAAGUAAUUUGGUUCAUUAGUUGUUGCACUAUUCAUUUUAAGUUUGUUCCUUUUUUUAAAAGGACUUUUAUCCUUGUUUUGUCCAGGAUAUCAUUGAAGUAGGGGACUUUUUAGGUUUUCCUAUAUUGAUUUGCUAGCAGACCUAGCAGCAAAACUGUCUGAAAGCCUCCAAUUGAACUCUUAACUGGGUACAAUUAAAAAUAUGCUUUAGAAGUAGGUGCAUUUAUAAAUGGUAUUUAAGAAAAAUCCAUUUACUCAAUUUUUUUUCUUUCUGAUGAAUAGCUCUUCAGCUUCUCAUUCUACCUCCUGAAUUCAUCAUGUUAAUGUUCAGAUUACAUUUCUAGGUCCUAGUUGCCAAUUUUGUAGACUGCAGAGAUUUAAUGUGCUUUUCAAAAAGAUACUUGACUGACCUUAUUUGGAAUUGAGUAGGAAGACAUUUGCUUGGAAAUGAGAGAAAUGUACAUUUUUGGAUUUGGCUCUGUGGAAUAAGUGCUUUAAAAAAUAUAGCGCUGUCAUAUUGCCUAGGAAUAUGAGAGCUGGGACUGGCAGCUAUAAUAAGAACUAAAACUGAUCUUCUGUCUGGCAAAAAAAAGACAAAAAAACCCAAUAUGUCCUAUGCUGAGAGGCUGUUCAAUAAAUGGUAUAUGAAGUAGUGUUCCUACCAUAUAAGCUAUUGUGUGUGGAAGGCCAGUUUUAGUUCUUAUUCUCUUUCCCCUUUCAUUAUUUUAGUUAGGCAACAAAAGCAGAGUUCUUCUGCCAAGGGAUUCAACUAAUGUUGACUUUUUUUGUUGUACUGAUCACUUACCCGUGCAUAGAGAUGUAACAUAAUCCACAUGCCAGAUGGUGAAUUCUGCUCACUGCUUCAAUACACCAAAUCAUAUUGGAGCAAGGCAAUAUCUUGCCCCCAGUUGAUCAGAGUAGAGUGGUGGCCAUAUCAUCAGCUACUUACUGUCCCUGGGGUACAAGACGACUUACAAGAAGAGUCCUUUGAUGCUUGAUGGGGAAACCUUUUCUGGUGAGGCUAGAAGGUGUAGGGAGUGGUACAGGUAUAAUUUGUAACUUGGGGUGGCUUUUAACCCCUCCCACACCUACUGCCUCCUCCCACUUCCCGGGGGGCAGAAACAUCAAGUGCUAACCUGUAUUUCUGCACUCUCAUUUGGUCAGCUUGGUGAACCCAUUUCAUUUGAGAGAUGUAAAAAUUGUACUGUCACUUGUGCCAAAGUUACUAAAACACUCAUUCCUGCAUGAUGGUGGAGCAAAUGGAUACCUGCCACGUUGCCUCAGCACUUCCUUCCCCAAAGCCUCAAGCCUGGUUUGAAUAAGCUCAUCUUCCUGUUUUCGCUGAAGUGAGCAGUAGGCAGAAAUUGUUGUGGAGCACCAGCACUUCUUGAAGAGGAGGAAGAGACAGGAUCGGGAACUUGAGAACAUUUUAACAGCCCAGAAAGGAUAAGAGCAUCUCUUCCAGUGAUGCUGGGGUAUGUUUAAAGUCUCUCUCUCUCUCUUCUUCAUGAAGAAGUUUCAUGUAUACUGAUUAGUUCCCAGGAAACCUCAUCCCUCCUUUCAGAGAAGGAGAUUUUUGCUUAAAAAAUGGGGGAAGUGAAACUGGAUCAAAAGGAGCAGGGAUGCAGUUAAUGUUUUGUGGCUUGAAAAAGACUCCACUUACUACCGUGGUAACAAAUAACCGGGAAUAGCUUCCUGGUGUUUUUUUUCUGUUUUUCUGACGAGGAAUCCUAGAAACCGGUUUGGGACUAGUUUUCCUCCUCUGAGGAAAAGGAGUUGUUAUAGGUGGCUAUUUCAGGCCUUCAGGCUCUUUGUGAUGAUGCUGAUGGAUCUUAUAUUCUCAUGCUUUUAGCUGGACCAAGAGACCAGCAAUCUUCAAAUAGUGUGUUAUUUGGAAAGGAUAGGCAAUCUUUUUUGCACCAGAUUUUUAGCACACCUGCAGUUUAGAAAAAUUGAAAUUGAGUGCUCCUCUUGCCUGUGUCAUCAGUCCCCACUAUUUCUGUGGAGAAAUUAGAGAAUAAAGUAGUUGUGCUGAUAGUGAAGGCCUUGGAAGGGUAUCUGUGGGAAGUUCCUUAAGCUUGGUGUCUUGUCACAGUCAGCUCAGCAUAUCUAGAACUUCCAGCCUAGCCAGAAAAAGGGACAUAGUACAUAGCACAUAUAACAUAGCACAGCAUUAGGGACAGCUGGGGCUUGAGUGACCUGGCCCUGCCUGUCCAAACAUCUGCCUUAGGUAUAGACACUUUGAGGCAAAAUAGCGACUCAGAUCCAUUUGAUUGAGUCCAUUUUCUUCAAGACACUCGAAACCAGCUAUAUAAAUAGAUUUUUUAAGCCUUCUUCCCUAUCUCCGGCCUAUCUCAACUUUCCUGAGAAAGUUGAUGGGAUCUCAGUGGUGUGAAGGAAGGUGGGGGGUCACCCCCAGCAUAUCUGGUUCCCUUCCCCUGCCUGUGCUGCUGUAGGAUGUUGAGACCAAGAGGUAUCUGGGCCACAGUCUCAGGCUGGGCCACUGCUUCUGUUUCAAUUUUUAAUUGGAAGGUGGCAGUUGAGACUGGGCCCCCUCCACCUCCCUCCCACCCCCAAAAAAGUCCUAGGUCCCAGAGCAGCACAGACACUCAUGGAAACUUGCUUCCUUCCCAUUUUCCAGAAAGCUCUUUGCAGCCCUGGAGUUGGGGCCUCACCUGCCUAGUCCCGCAGAUCAAGUGCCUGUGGCCACUGGCUGAUCUGUUAAUGACAUGACUGCUAUAAACUACCUUUAGUUUCCCAGGGAAAUAAGGCUGGCAAGUGUGAGAGAGAGAGAGAGUGUGUGUGUGUGUGUGUGUGUGUGUGUAUGGUGGGAAGGUAGUGGCAAAGAAUAGCCUUUUCACUGAUAAAGCUCUGUGACAUGGCAAUACACAUUACAGGAAUCUGUUUCCUCUCACUUCUCUUCUCUCAGUAGAGAUAGCAGAGGACUGUGCAAGCUGUUUCUUCAGGCACAAGCUCCCUUUACUAAAUUUGUAAGUGUCAUAGGUGUAUUUAAGAAACCCUUGACCUAGCCCUCCCCUUUCCCUUUGUCACUGAUGUGAACAUCACAGCAGUUCACCUCUCCAACCUUUGUUCUUUUUGGCAAAAACCACCCCUUGCCCAUUAAGAUGUUUGCCAGGCACAGUAGGUCAGAAUUGUAGUACACAGGCUGGAUCUUCAUUAGGGAGUCUUAAUUCCCUCUGACAGGAAGGCUUAGAAUGGUUUGACAAACCUCUUCAUUGGGAAUUUACUUAGGACCCAGCCUACACCAGUAGAAACUGUCACAAUCACCAAAUCCUUCACCAAUGAGCACUUUUCUCUCUCAAUAUCUAUAUAAUAUCCUCUAAAUGAGCUAAGCGUUAUCUUGUGGGGUUUGUUUUUUUUCUUAAGAGAAUGGGCUACCUACCUAGUAUAGCCCUCCUGCCUUAAAUGCUGAUGGCACUGCUAUAGAAAUUGCUUGGAUUCUCAUCACUAAACUAUGGCCCCAAAUUAACAAAAUGCUAUAGACUGUUAAACACUAUCUCUACUUUCAGAUGAUUUCAUGGCUCCUAUUACUGUCUUAGAUAUCUGCUAAGUUUUAACACUAAAGCUAGUCCCCUUAAAAAAAAAAAAAAAGCCACAUUGAAAGUUGGCCUAUUAUAGAAAAAUCUUUUUCAAGGGGAAAAUAUGUUGUCUUUGCCAAAUAUAUUUUUGAUAAUGUGGAAAAUGGGGACUUCAAAAAGAUCUUGUUUGGAAGUAUACAAGAUUAGAUUAAUGGGUUUUUUGGCAUUUUUGAUGGCAAAAUACAGGCACAGUAUUGAUGAUGAGUUAAACAGGACAUUUGUUUUUUGAGAUCUAUUUACUAUGUAAAAGUUAUUGUCGUAACAGUAUUAACAACUACACUUUUAGCAAAGGAACAGGUUUUUUUUUUUUUAAAAAAAGGGGUGCCUAAGAGUAAGAGCUUUGGAAACAUUCACAAAGCAUUUAAUGCCAAAAAUCACCUAAAUUGGGUACCUGGAUUGCAGUCAGUGAGGAAAAUAGGCUUUCAUAACUGCAUAAAGCCAGCAUCACCUUAUAGUGGUUUGUUUUUUUUUGACUGCAUGGUAGGUUACUCGGUAUCUUCCAUGUUUGUAACGUUCCCAUCAUUCAUUCUCCUUCCUAUGUGCCUGCAGCAGUGACUUCUGGGAGUUGGGAAUGCAUUUAGAAAACACUUAGACAUACAUAGACACACGCACACACACAUAUUCCCGUGACAAACUUCUGCCAGCAAGCUUUUUUGAACUUCUACUUAUAACUGUUUCAGCACAAAGAUGAAAAUUUUUACUUAGGUGCCCAAACUGUGUACUGUAUUGCUGACUUUUUUUAGAAGAAAAAAGCAAAAACUAACCAGUUCGUAGAAAUAGAGAACUUCUCUGUAAAUGGUUUUCUCCUUCCCCUCUCCUACCAUUAAACCAAAACAAAAGCUGUGAAAAAUGUGUGGGAGUGUGUGUGAGUGUGUAUGAGUGUAAAUUAGCUAGUGGGUAAUUUACAAAUUGUAUUGGUCUUGUUUCAUGUAAUUACCAAGCUUUAAAGUUUCUGCUUUCUUUUUGUUACAAAUACUCAUGAGCUCUACAUUAUUUUAAAACUUCUGAUGCUGGCACAGUGUUUCUGUUCACCUUUGUCAUAUCGGUGUAUAAAUAUAGAUUCUAUUCAUUGUUUACUAUGAGAUUAGUAUUACUCUUUGAGGUAAAAUCAUUUGUAUUGCUUGACAAACUAUUAGCUUGUAAACUUUUUAAAAAUGUUUCUUUACCUCAAUUAAUUUAAAGGAAUGGACCAAUAAAUGUAAUAAAAGUUUUUUUUUUCUUGAA